GGCUUUAACGGUUUAGAACAGGAUCUUGUAGUGUCUUCAAAUAGGGUCAGGUUCAGACACAGCUUUUCAGCUAUCGCAGAUUCAUUUAGGUACAGCACAGGAACAGGUGUACUUAGAGAGAGCUGUAGGUAGAAAGUUCAGAGGUGAGCUUGGCAACCCUGUCAUGACUGUAUAGCAGCAAAAGAGCGUGAUUGAGAGCCGACACUGAUAUUGACGUUUGGAUAUGUGAGACUGGCUCACACUUGUUUGUUUCUGACGAGUAAAAAGACGACUCUGUACAGUUAGGACGACGUCAGAGUCAGAACAUCUUGACAAUAUUUUGAGGACGCUAAACACUGAGGAUACCAAGCCGCCAACAUGUCACGAAGGAGACUGGAGCAAGCCAUAUUGGCUGGCCAACAGAUUGAGCAAGGGAAAGGCUGGCCACAGAGGUUCUCCGGAAUGCAGAUCAUCAAGGAGAUACCUUUUGAUAUAGAUGCCCUAGGCCCAGUCUACUCGUUACAGUACUCAUACGACGGGAUGGUUCUCGCUGUGGGAUUUGGCAAUGGUGCAAUUAGUUUAUAUGAGUCCAAAACUGGUAAAAUGCUUCGAGAGCUAAGGAAAGCACGGUAUGGCGGCCUGCAGAUCAUGUGCAUGCGCUUUCAUCCAAAGAAUCAUCACAUCCUCCUCGCAUGUUCUGCAGAAGGCAAAGUGUUUGAAUGUGACACCAAAGAUGGCAAUGUUACAGAAAGGAUCAUGGAAAAAGGAAAUGAGAUCAACUGUCUAGAUUUUGACAUAGAUGGUCUGAAAUUUGCCACAGGAGGAAAGGAUCUUGCAAUACGUAUAUAUGAUGCCAAAACAUACCAGUUAGAGAAGUGCUACGAGGGCUUCAGCGUUAAACAAAACCCUAAUGAAAUAGAGUCUGCCGGUUGUGCCAUGAGAGUGUUUGCCCUGAAGUACCACCCAGAAAAUGAGCAUAUAUUCGUCACUGGAGGCUGGGAUGCACAUCUUAAGAUUUGGGAUAGUCGUAAAGAAGGAAACGCUGUAUCACGGGCAAUCCAUGGACCACAUAUUUGUGGAGACAGUCUGGAUAUUAAGGGAUUUGAAAUACUGACCGGUUCCUGGAGGAAGAAUCAGGCAUUGCAGGUUUGGGACUACUCUCAGGGCAAAGUGAAGAAGGAUAUGAACUUUGAACUCCACGGCCAUGAUGGGGCCUAUCUGUACUGUGCCCAGUUUUGUGACAAUGAUAUCAUCAUGGCGGCUGGCAGUGGAACAAAUAGUUGUGAGGCCAUUGACAGGAACACCCAAAAG